AUGGAGCAUUCUUUGUCUUUCUCUCAAGUACGGGGUCAGGGUUAUGAUGGGGCAAGUAAUAUGCAAGAUUGUGCUUGGUUAUUUGUUGAUGUACUUGCACCUCUCUUGAAUUUUGUGGGGGGUUCACCAAAAAGGAAAGAGUUUCUUCGUGAAAAUCAAGCUCAAAGAGUGGUGGAUGCAUUGUCUCUAGGUGAACUUGAAACGGGUUCAGGUUUAAAUCAAGAACGUGGAUUAGGUAGACCUUGUGAUACUCGUUGGGGAUCUCACUUCAAGACAAUCUUGAAUGUACUUGAUUUAUUCCCUGUAAUCCUUGGUUCUCUUGAGGAUAUUGCAAAAGUAUCUGAUACAAUAGAUUCUAAUAGAGCUCAAACACUUACAAAUCUUCUGAUGUCCUUUGAUUUUUUGUUCGUGGCACACUUGAUGGUUAGUAUAUUUGCGAUAACAAAUGCUUUGAAUGUGGCCUUACAAAAGCACGAUCAAGACAUUGUGAAUGCAAUGGCCAUGGUUAAUGUAACCAAGACUAAUUUGCAAAAAAUGAGAGAUGAAGGAUGGGAUUCUCAUAUGGAAAAGGUAAUUUCUUUUAUUGGUGACUAUGACAUUGCAGUUCCAGAUAUGGAGGCUAAAUAUGUUGUUCCCGGGAGGAGGUUGUUUAGAGGUAAAUGCCCACAAGUGUCUAAUCUACAUCAUUUUCGAGUUGAAGUGUUUUUUGGUGUCAUUGAUCUUCAAUUGCAAGAACUUGAAAAUCGAUUUCCCGAAAUAACUAAAGAACUACUUGUGUGUAUGUCUUGUUUGAGUCCUGUGGAUCGUUUUUCUAAGUUUGAUAAGGAAAAAUUGAUUAAGCUUGCAAAAUUCUAUCCUAAUGAAUUUCCAAGUUCAGAAUUGAUAGUCUUUGGUCAUACACUUGAUAGUUACAUUUGUUCUGUUAGAGGAGAUGAAAGGUUUUGGAAUUUGAAGGGUCUUAGUGAUCUUUCAAUCAAAUUGGUUGAAACGGGAUUGUCUGAAACUCAUGAUAGGGUCUAUUUACUUUUGAAGUUGGUGUUGCUUCUUCCUGUCGCAACGGCAAGUGUGGAAAGAGUAUUUUCUGGCAUGAAGCAAGUGAAAGACAAACUACGAAAUAGCAUGGGAGAUCAAAUGUUGAAUGAUUUAUUAUAUGAACAUUUGGUUGUAUUUUGUACUGUUUGA